UGCUAUUUAUUCGUUGUUAUCGCACAUUUGCAUAAUUCGCAGAUAACUCCAAUAUCUGUCCGCUUUGGCUCCUACAGCUGCAACCGGUUUCAGCUAAGCUGAGCCCCAAAAAUAUUGCAAAUUUUGAUUGGAUGACCUCGGAAGAGAAAAUUUCGAAUUUAUUGGCGGGUAAUGGACAGUGAUGGGAAAGAUUUCGUUCGCAGGGCGUUUUUCUACACUGCGCUUAUCUGUGGUUUGUUCGCAACACUAAUAAACUAAGAAGUCACACGUGCUGGGGAAGAAAUCGAGGAAUCCCAAGGAACGACAUAAAUAAAACGAUGGCCAGCGAUUCUGGCAGUGACUACGAGGUGGAAGCCUUCAUCAAGCCGAAGCGAGUUCGAAAGACUGUCAACGAUGACAGCGCGGAUCUGCUGGGCAAUUUCGAUGACCAGAAACGCAAGGAGAUUUUCGAGGGCACAUAUGUGGACAAGGAGGACGGCCGGAAUCCCAGCGACCCAGACGAUAGCGAGGAGGAUCGUGCCGCUUCUGAUGGAGAGGCUGCCGAUGAUGAAGGAACUCUGGCCAAUGGCAGCGCAGCUUCUGGAUCUGAAGUGGAAUCAGAGGAAGCCGCUGAAGAUGGACACAUAACCAGUGAUCAGUUGACCUCCCUGCUGCGAGGAGCUUCUAAGACAAACAGACACGUCCUGUACGUGACGAAUCUGAACUUCGAGACCACAAAAGAUGACCUGGAGCUGCACUUUUCGGCGGCGGGCACAGUUAAAUCUAUUCGCAUCCCAAAAAAGCGCCGUGGGGGUUUCGCUUUCGUGGAGAUGGCCGACCUGCCCAGUUUUCAAAAAGGCUUCCAGCUGCACAACACAGAGCUACAAGGCCGCAAGAUCAAGGUGCAGAUCUCCGAGGCGGGAAAAAAGAAGUCUGCCAACAAGAAGAAUAUCAUCAAGCAGAAGAAUCGCAAGCUAGCCGAGAUGCGCAACGAGCAAAAGACAUUCACCAAGAGCGGCAAGUUUUACGACAAGGACCUGAAGAAGGAGAAGGCCAAGGAGUUGCUGGCACGCAAGAGGUGGCGCAAGAAGCCUGCACCCAGGCCCAACUAAGUAGUUUAAAAAGUCCUUAUACUUUAAAAUUUAUAUGUAAAAUAACCUAUUAUUAUUCAACACAAAUAACAAUUAGUUAUUACUGCCA